GGCGAAGCAAUUGCGUAGGACCAAAACACAAUGACUAACGACGUAAACGUCCAACGCUUUCGUUUUCCUUUAUUUUCAAACAUAACAAUCGUACCAUAACUUUCAGAAAGAUGGCUGGUUUAGAGCUGCUGUAUAGCUGCGUGGCAGGCAGCAUUUGCUGCCCACAGGAUGCUGUCGUAUGUUUCGUUCACUGGGAGAUAAUUAAAAGAGGGUACAAGUGUCUUGGCUCUGGAGACGAGAUUAGGAAUGGUGACAAGAAGUCAGAGUUGCUUCCUACAGGGUGGAAUAGCAGUAAGGAAUUGUACACCCUGCGAUACAAGUCAAAUGAUGACAAGUCAGAUGUUUUGGUCAAAGCCAUUACUGUGGAUUCUUCCUUGAUCUUCAACUUAAUGGACUCUUCCACCGAACAAGUGUCUGACCUGACAGUCAAUGUCAGUGAUUAUGUGCAUGCAGAGCAUUUGCAAACAUUUGAAAGUGUGUUCAAGAAUACCGAAGAUUUGUCACAGAAGGUGAAGAACCAGCUCCUUCCCUCAGUACCUGCACCUAGAAAGAAAGAAAAGAAGAGUAGAAGGGAGACAUCAGAUGAAUCCCAGCCAGAUAGAGACCCUCUCCGCAUUCCUUCUAGGCAUCCCCAGACCAGCAGGCAGCCAAACUGGCCAGACCCUAUGGCUCCAUUUGCAGCAGGAGGAGCAGAUCUGGAUCCCUUUGGUGGCCGUGGAGGAGGUGGAAUGAUCGUAGACCCUCUGAGAGCUGGUUUUCCUCGUUCAGGAUUCGACCCCUCUAGUGGAAUACCUGGUGUUCUGCCCCCAGGAGCUGUACCACCCGGAGCCCGUUUUGACCCUUUUGGGCCUGUCGGAAGACAUAGACCAGGGCCAGACCCAGAUCACAUGCCGCCGCCAGGCUAUGAUGACAUGUUCAUGUAGAAGAGAAGGCACUUCCUAAUUUGCUCUUAUGCUACCUGGACCACAUCCUGUCUGUGCAAUGUAAAAGGAAUACCCAUUUAAUAAAACGGACUGGCUUGAUGGGUCAGUGUGAGGAUAAGAUACCAUGCAACAAUAGUUUUUGAGGUGUUCUAAUUUAAUUGUAGAACAUUUAAGACAAAAUUAAUCAAAUGUUCAGCUAGCAUUUGUUUUGAUGUUAAAAUUCUACUUUUAAAGGCUGCGUGCAUCCCAAAACGUAAAAGCCAAUGUUUUUCACACUUUCAACAUUAAACAUUAAUGA